ACACGUGGAUACCAUCAUCAAGAUGAUUUUGACUGGAAAUCAUCGGUGACUUGUGAUUGAGUUUCAGUUUCCUCAUGAUUUCAUUUCUUCUCUAAAAUUUCCGUUUUCUUCUUCAUCACGCCACAUCUACUCACAUACAUGCACACACACCAAAGAGGUGAAGAUGCCGUCGCAUGCGGAUAUAGAUAGGCAGAUAGAGCAGUUGAUGGAGUGCAAAGCGUUGACGGAAUUGGAGGUGAAAAGUCUUUGUGAUCAAGCUAGGGCUAUACUUGUGGAGGAAUAUAAUGUUCAGCCGGUGAAGUGUCCGGUUACGGUUUGCGGUGAUAUUCACGGCCAGUUUUAUGAUCUGAUUGAGCUGUUUAAGAUUGGUGGGAGUACUCCUGAUACGAAUUAUCUCUUCAUGGGAGAUUAUGUUGAUCGUGGGUAUUAUUCAGUCGAGACUGUCUCGCUCUUAGUGGCUCUUAAAGUUCGUUACAGAGACAGACUUACAAUUCUUAGAGGAAAUCAUGAGAGCCGGCAGAUUACUCAAGUGUAUGGUUUCUAUGAUGAAUGUCUGAGAAAGUAUGGAAACGCAAACGUUUGGAAGUAUUUCACUGACCUUUUUGAUUACCUUCCUCUUACAGCACUUAUUGAGAGUCAGGUCUUUUGCUUGCACGGAGGACUUUCACCAUCUCUGGACACCCUAGACAAUAUUCGAUCCUUGGACCGCAUUCAAGAGGUCCCGCAUGAAGGACCAAUGUGUGACCUCUUAUGGUCAGACCCAGAUGACAGGUGCGGGUGGGGAAUUUCACCUCGUGGGGCUGGCUAUACGUUUGGACAAGAUAUCGCAACCCAGUUUAACCAUACCAAUGGGCUCACUCUCAUCUCAAGGGCCCACCAGCUUGUCAUGGAGGGUUUCAAUUGGUGCCAGGACAAGAAUGUGGUGACUGUAUUUAGUGCUCCAAAUUACUGUUAUCGCUGUGGGAAUAUGGCCGCAAUUCUCGAAAUUGGAGAAAACAUGGAGCAAAACUUUCUUCAAUUUGAUCCAGCCCCGAAGCAGAUCGAGCCAGACACAACCCGCAAAACUCCAGAUUAUUUUUUAUAAAUAUUAUCGAUCAAUUACUGCGAUAUAUAUUUUUUUAUAAGUAUGCGUUUCUUGUUUGGAUGCUAGCUUAGAUUAUGGUGGAUGUUGUGUUUCUAUUGUAUCAUGUUUUACUUUGGUGUACUGUGCGGAUGUGUAGAACUUCGUUCAAACUGCUAAAACCUGCAAACCGUUGAAUUAGAUUAGCCGGGACCAGUUAUGUAAGAUUUGAUUUUCGGUCCAUGAUAAGAAGUAACAGAAUUUUACUUUUAAUUUU